UUGGAGUGUGUUUGUUGUGUUUAGUAUGAUUCAAGUCUUCCUGGCUGGGUUCUGGUCUUCACUAACCCUCCUCCUGGUGUCUCAUGUCUGCAGUUCCGCCUCAUCGUGAGCUCGUCAUGCUGACUAGCUGUCAGCUGGCGGUUUAACCUGCUAGUUAGUGUUAGUUAACUAGCUGCUUGGGUUCGUCGGCGACUUAGCAGACUGCUAGCGGUGGCAGUUCUGUCACUAACAGGUUUACUGGAUCAGGACUGUUUAAGUCCAGUUCCUCCGUCCUCAGAUGAUCAGCUAAUCUCUGCGAGUCAUGAACAGAAAGUAAAACAUGUUCUCGUCCUGCUGUGAUUGGCUGUGUUUGGACUCAGGUGAUGUGGACGGAUCAGGUGACACAGACAGGCAGAAUCAGGCCUACACCAACUCGGCCUUCAGCAGCCAGCCGUCUCCACCACCUGGACACACCUGUAAGGCCUGUGGAGGGUCGUUUGAUACACCUGCCAAGAAGCAUGUGUGUGUGGACUGUAAGAAGAACUACUGCAGCCGUUGCUCCGCCCAGUUGGGGUUCCGUCCCCGCUUGUGUCACACCUGUCAGCGUUUCUAUGGUAACCUGAUGGAGAGGGCGGAGUUAAUGAAGCUGAAAGUGAAGGAGCUCAGAGAUUACCUGCACCUGCACGAGGUGUCCACCCACCUGUGCAGAGAGAAGGAGGAACUGGUGGAGCUGGUUCUGGGUCAGCAGACCUCCCCCUCCAGCAGCUCUGCCCCUGACAUCCCCAUCACUGACCCCCCUUCAGCGACGACCUCUGUCCCUCCUGAUGUGACGGCUCGGAUCCCCACCCCCGACCCCCCCGCACCGUCCCCCAUGUCCAUCGCCCCAGACCAGCCAGCUGAGGAGCCGGAAGCCCUGUCCUCAGACACAGAGACGACACCCACUGAGGAGGAGCUGCAGGAUGAAGAGCAGGUGUGGGACCCUGAGGAGGUCCCGGUGUCGGGCCGCCGGGCGUCCCUGUCGGACCUGAGCUGCGUGGAGGACAUCGAGGCGCUCAGCGUCCGGCAGCUGAAGGAGAUCCUGGCCCGGAACUUUGUCAACUUCAAAGGCUGCUGUGAGAAGUGGGAGCUGAUGGAGAGGGUGACACGGCUCUACCAGGACCAGCAGAACCUGCUGGCUGCCAACUCUCUGAACACUGCAGAUCCUGGCGGCGGCCCAGUUUCCGGUCUGGAGGAGCACCUGUGUCGGAUCUGCAUGGACUCUCCGAUCGACUGCGUCCUGCUGGAAUGUGGUCACAUGAUCACCUGCACUAAAUGCGGGAAGCGGAUGAACGAGUGUCCGAUCUGCCGGCAGUACGUGAUCCGGGCCGUGCACGUGUUCCGGUCCUGAACCUGGACCCAGGGACCAUCUCCAUGGCAACAACUCAAACCAGAUUUUUCUAAAGGGAACUUCUGCAGAGACUCAACGUUUUUACCUCCUGUCUGUUUUUCUGCUUCCAAUUAAAUCACCAGUACUGACUGGUUCUGAACCAGUUCUAGGUUCUAGACCCAGCCUCCAGGUUCUGAACCAGUUCUAGGUUCUAGACCCAGCCUCCAGGUUCUGAACUAGACUCCAGGUUCUGGGCCCAGAUUUCAGGUUCUGAACCAGAUUCCAGGUUCUGGGCUCAGAUUCCAGGUUCUGAACUAGAUUCCAGGUUCUGAACCAGAUUCCAGGUUCUGAACUAGAUUCCAGGUUCUGGGCCCAGCACCUCUGAACCUCCUGCAGAAUCUGGCCGAACCUCCAAACACAAACGUGCCUUCUAGUGCUGAGACUCAACACCGAACAUGAGAUCCAGAACCAGGACCUCUGAGUGGGUCCUACAUCAGAACCAGAACAGAUUCCAGUUCUUUUGGAAUCAGAACCGCCUUCUCAAGUCUGGUCCGUUUCAGCAGCUUCAGGAUUAAACCAAACAAAGCUGCUGCCAAUCAGAACCCAGGUUCUGGUUCUGGUUCUAGUUCAGAUAUUUCAGUUCUUUCUAAUCAACAAAAUCAUCUUUACCAGCAGGUGUGUGUGUGUGUGUGUGUGUGUGUGUGUAUAAACAUCAUCAAAGGUUUAACCCGGUUCUGGGAUCAGAUCAGAUUUUUCUCUGUUUGGAUCAGCUGAUGUUCAGACUGAACUUUGAUCCUGAUCAGGGACCAGAUCAGGAGCCAAAUCUGGAUCAGGGAUUGGAUCCAGAUCGGGGAACAGAUCUAGGACCAAAACAAGAUCCGGGUCAGGGACCGGAUCAGGAACCAGGUCAAGAUCCAGAUAAGGUUCUGGGUCAGGGACUGGAUCAGGAUGUGAAGCUUGUUCCUCUCGUGGUCAUGGUGGACUGGAUCUUUUGGAUGGGGUCAUGGUGGAGCAGGUUUUGGUUCUGUGCAGGUGGAGAGAAAAGUGGGCGGAGCUUCAACCUGGACUCUGAACCAGUUCUCCCGUACUGACCCUGUGAGGGUCUGGAGCUGCGGUUUGGGAAUCCGAUCAGCUGAUUGAAUUGUUGAUGUGUUUUUUUCCUGAAAUAUGUGAAAUAUUUUAACGUUUUCUGAGUGAAUCAUGUUGAAUAAAAGUGAUUGAAACUGGA